AAACUGCGAGCUACCGUUUCGCUCGCGCGGACACCGCCAGCGAGCCUCCGUGCCACCGCGUUCCCAGCUCUCCCGCCAGCAACACCAGCCGCGCCACCGUUCUCUGCCCCCGUCCGGGCAAGAACGUCUUCUCCUCACUGGCUCACUCCCUGCCAGGGGGCCACUGACUUGGCGACAUGUCGCGUUUGAGCGCGCCUCUGCCGAGCCCGAGCCCCGCAUGGGACGCCACCUCCCUCGCCGGCGCGCUCAAGGCCGUGGCGGCCCGACGCUCGGCGCCUCACGUCGGUCCCCUCCACACGGUGCUCGUCAAGCUCGGCCUGUCGGCCUCCGCCAUCCUCGCCACCUCCCUGGCGCACCUCGCGCUGCGGUGCGGGCUCCCGCGGUACGCGCGGGACCUGUUCGACGAAAUGCCCCACCCGGACGUCGUCUCCUGGACGUCCCUCAUCACCGGCCACACGCACCAGGGACUGCACCGCGAGUCCCUCGCGCUGCUCCGGCGCAUGGUGGGCUCUGGUGUCGAGCCCAACGGGUACUCUUUGUCCGGAGGAUUGCUUGCUUCUGCCAGUGUCGGCCAGGAUGCACUUGCUCUCGGGAAGGAAAUCCAUGCCAGGGUUAUCAAGAUGAGCUUGCAUGGUCCAGUCGACCCGGUUGUGGAGAAUGGGGUUCUUGAUAUGUAUUCGAGGUGUGGGAGCAUUGAGUAUGCUUGUAGAGUGUUCAGGGUGAUGCAGGUGAGGAACAUAGUUGCCUGGAACUCGAUGAUGGCAGCUUUUCUUGGGAGUGGACAGGCAGAGGAGGCGCUGAGGUUGUUUUUUUCCAUGGUUUCUUCCAGCGUUGGUGUGGAUGGCUUCUCGUUUUCCAUUGUUGUUGAUGCAUGUGGGGAGCUGGCAUUGUUGAAGCAGGGGAUGCAAGUGCACGCACGGGUUGUUGGUGGCGGAUUUGAGGCAGAUGUCGUUGUGAGGAACUCUUUACUGGAUAUGUAUGCCAAGUGUGGGUGUGUCGAUUCAGCAGAGCUUGUCUUCAAGGUGGCAUCGUCACGGGAUGCUGUUCUUUGGACUACAAUGAUCUCAGCUUAUGGCAAAUUUGGUCGGGUACAGGAUGCAGUCAGCUUGUUUGAUAGGAUGGCACAAUUGGGCAUAAAGCAGGAUGGCAUAGCAUAUCUUGCAGUUUUGUCAGCUUGUAGCCAUGGUGGACUUGUCAGAGAGGGUUGUCACUACUUCAAUUUGAUGUCUGAUGGUCAAAGCUCAGUUAAGAUGCAUCCUGAGCACUACGGAUGCAUGGCAGAUCUUCUAUGCAGGAGAGGUUACCUAGAAGAAGCUCUUGAAUUCAUUGAGAAUAUGCCAUUUGAGUCUAGCAUUGCUGCUUGGAGUGCAUUACUUAACUCAUCUCGAAUACAUGGGAACGCCAAGUUGAGUCAACUUGCAGCAUCCCGUUUGAUCAAGCUUGAUCCUGAGAACCACAGCAACUGGGUUGCUCUAUCAAGUGUGCAUGCAUCUGAGAACGAUUGGCAUGAGACCUGGACUAUCAGGGAGAGCAUGAGCAGGGAGUGUGUCAAGAAAGAGCCUGGGUGUAGCUGGGUUGAAUUGUACAAUGGCGUUCAUGUUUUUCUAAUGACCGACCAAUCUCAUCCUGAAUUGUUUGAAAUAUUGCGGAGUCUUGAUUCUUUAAAGGAAGAUAUAUGAUUGACACCUCUGCAAGGAACAUAGGCAAGUUUUUUCUAUUCAACAGCUUUGUCAGAGGUGGCAUGUAUCUCACUGCCAAUUUGGAAAUCAGAAUAUUUCUUCCACAUGUUGCAUUUGGUUGGCUGUGCUCAUCUGAUGAUGCAAAUGCUGGAUUUUUUUCCAUUAUCCAAAAAGUAAAUGCAGCAAAUGCAAAGCAUAGUGUUAAGUUACAAGAACAUAUACAAGCUAGAAGGAGCAUGGGUUCAGAUUACGCUUGGGAGGCAUCGAAUGGGCUAGUUCUUAGUGACUGUUCUGUACUUGGUCUCGAUGAGGACGUGAUGGAUGCAUCUUGGAGUGAAGGAGAUUGGUGCAGAAUUAGUUUUUGAUAAUUAACUGUGUCUCUACAAGCAAGGUCAUGACUAGUCUAAGAAUGAGUAAAGUUAAUACCUGAUAUUCGCUUGUCUUGGCAGGCUGCCCUUACUGGGAAGUUGAAGUGAAACAAUACAGUGAAGAUAUUAAGGAGAAAAGUUUAAUAUGAUACUAACCACUUUGAAGGAGAGUUUCUUUAUAUAUGUGCAACAGCUCCCAGUUACUUGUUCAGUAGUUCCUCGAAAAAAAAAGUUACUUGUUCUGCUGAGUAAGCAGAUCAAAGUGAGGAGUGAGCCUGAAGCUAGUAGGUAGCACAGGUGCAUGUUCCUAAAGAUGAAUGGGCCUGGGAGGAAUCGGGAUGACAAGUGCUCCAUUAGCUAACCACUAAGCUGCACGCUGGAACUGAGCAUGCUUUGGCUACAUGGUGCCUGAUUGACCGUCCUGAAGCGGUUGACAUUCUAGAUGACCAACAAUGCUCAAGUCAGGAGCUGACUUCAUCUUAGAUUGCCGAUUAGUGUACGGUUACAUUAUUCAUUAAAUAAAGGAAACUAAACGGUCACUUGUAGUGUUGCUUGAAUCACAAUAAAAGGCUCAGAUCAUAUACUCCAA